GCUCGCACUCAUACAGCAUGUGUCAUCGUUUUACUUUGCGCUCUUCUACCCAUAUCACCAAACUUUCCUGUCAAUAAAACCAGUGUGUGUCUGCGAAUAUUUGUUUAGCAGCAAAAUAUCGCUCGUUUCUUUUACAUUUCUGUUGUUUGAGAGAGAAAAAACAACAGACUUGCUUUUAUUUGUUUAUUUGUUUUUUUUUUUGUUUCUUCUGUAUUCUCCAUCCAAUAAAAUUAGCACCGUUAUUAACUGAUACACACAUUUAAAAUGCGAAACAAUGUGCCCAAGUAAGUCAGUUUUGAUUCGAUGGACCAACACUUCUGGUGUGUAAAGUCGAAAAAAUUCAUUGCAAAUUCCGUCGAAAAGUGUGUGUGUGUGUCAUCGCAGUGCAUGCACAGUGUUGUUGUAAAUACAUUUGCAUUGUUCGCAUAAUUCAUCAUUAAAUAAUCGAUCGGGAAGAGAAAGAGAAAGAAUAAAAUCUAUUCAAGGAUUUCCGUCUUCGCUGGUAUUUCAAACGAAUUCCUCAUUUUGUGUGUGCUUUUUUGUGUGUAUUAAUUCCAUGGAACCAUCAAACAUCAUUCAUUCAUUGUGACUCAUUUUUGUUUUUGGAUAUAAAAAUCAAAACCAAAAACACACACACACACGAACACGAACACGAACAAAAGAAAUUCCACAUUGUUUUCCAUUGAUUCAUUAAUAUAUGUAUAAAUUAAUUGAAUGGAUCAGAGUGCUGACGAUGUCAACUGAUGCAUGUAGUACGAACACCAGCGAUAUGACCAACAAUUACCAUGCCAAUAUGAAUAAUGUUCAUAAUAUUGUGAAUAAAAAACGGCAUACCAAAUAUUUUCAACGUUGUUUGGAUGUUUUACCACCACGUCUGGCAUCGCACGAUUCAACAAGAGUCACAUUGGCAUUCUUUGCCAUAUGCGGUUUGGAUGUGCUGAACUCAUUGGAUGUGUUAUCGGAGAAUCGACGGCGUGAGAUAUGCGACUGGAUUUAUCGCUUUCAAAUUAUCUCGAAUGAUUCACCAAAUUGUAGCGGUUUCCAGGGCUCAUCAACACUUAAUAUUAAAGAUGCGGAUGCGAGCACAUGCGGAAGCGAAAAGUACAAAUGGGGCCAUUUGGCGAUGUCUUAUACGGGUAUUUCGAUGCUAGUGACACUCGGCGAUGAUUUGAGCCGACUGAAUCGUAAGGCGAUUGUCGAUGGUGUUGCAGCUGUUCAAAGAACAGACGGCAGCUUUAGUGCGUCAAUUGAGGGCAACGAACAUGAUAUGCGUUUCGUUUAUUGCGCAGCCGCCAUUUGCUAUAUGCUUGACGAUUGGGGCUCCGUAAAUAAACAAUUGAUGGCAAAUUACAUUAAAAAUAGUAUUAGAUACGAUAGCGGCAUAAGUCAACAUUAUGAGAUGGAAUCUCAUGGCGGAACCACUUUUUGCGCGAUUGCGGCUCUUCACUUGAGCGGCCAAAUGGAUGUGUUAUCUGAAUCGACGAGGGACAAACUCAUUCGAUGGCUUGUUUUUCGACAGGAAAGUGGUUUUAAUGGAAGACCGAACAAACCAAGCGAUGCUUGCUAUUCGUUUUGGAUAGGAGCAACACUGAAAAUCUUGGGCGCAUUUCAAUUCACCAACUUCAGUAGUAAUCGAGAAUACUUGCUCGAAACUCAAGAUGUAAUUACCGGCGGUUUUUCCAAGUGGCCAGGAUCGUCACCGGAUCCAUUCCAUACUUACUUCAGUUUAUGUGGCUUAAGUUUCAUCAAAGAAGAAGGUUUGGAAGCCGUAAUGCCGAGCCUUAACAUAUCGCAACGCGCAUACGACCGACUCUGUGACAUUCAACGCACCUGGAAACAACAGCGAACAAAUGAUGCAACCGAUACAAGGUUAGACAUCGAAUAAACUACAACACAAUUGCUGCACAAAUUUUAAUGAACGUUUUUUUUUUUUUAAAGAAUUGUACAUUAUUUUUUAUUGCAACAAUUUUUUUUUCUUUGCGCAUACAAAAUAGCAUUUUACUUUGAAAAUUAUUUUCUACGAGAUAUAAAAAUGAAUAUAUAUGAAAAAUAUUGUGGAUAUUUAUGAAAUAAAUGAAUAUUCGAAUACGAGAACAAAAA